GCUUCAGCUCCCCCGGAAUAUGAUUGAAAACAGCAUGUUUGAGGAAGAACCAGAUGUGGUAGAUUUAGCCAAAGAGCCUUGUUUACAUCCUCUAGAGCCUGAUGAGGUGGAAUACGAGCCACGAGGUUCACGUCUGCUGGUGCGAGGUCUUGGGGAACAUGAGCUGGACGAGGAUGAAGAGGAUUAUGAGUCAUCUGCAAAGCUGCUGGGCAUGUCUUUCAUGAACAGAAGCUCAGGCCUUCGGAACAGUGCAGCUGGUUAUAGGCAGAGUCCUGAUGGCACUUGUUCAAUACCCUCUGCGAGGACCAUGGUGAUCUGUGCUUUUGUCAUUGUGGUUGCCAUUUCUGUUAUCAUGGUGAUUUACCUAUUGCCCAAAUGUACCUUUACCAAAGAAGGCUGCCAUAAAAAAAACCAGUCAAUGGGACUAAUACAGCCAGUUGCAACAAAUGGGAAAUUGUUUCCAUGGGCACAAAACAGGCUUCCCACUGCCAUUAAGCCACUACGCUAUGAACUUAACAUACACCCAAACUUAACCUCAAUGACAUUCAGGGGUUCUGUGACGAUCUCAGUUCAAGCUCUUCAGGCCACGUGGAAAAUCAUUCUUCAUAGCACAGGUCAUAAUAUUUCAAGAGUGACCUUUAUGCCAGCAGUUUCAAGUCAGGAAAAACAAGUUGAAGUCUUGGAAUACCCAUUUCAUGAACAAAUUGCCAUUGUUGCCCCCGAAGCCCUUCUAGAAGGGCACAAUUAUACCUUGAAAAUAGAAUUUUCAGCAAAUAUAUCUCGCUCUUAUUAUGGGUUUUAUGGCAUCUCCUACACAGAUGAAAGUAAAGAGAAAAAGUACUUUGCAGCAACUCAGUUUGAACCGCUGGCAGCAAGAUCUGCUUUUCCUUGUUUUGAUGAACCAGCAUUUAAAGCCACAUUUAUCAUCAGGAUCAUAAGAGAUUCGCAACACUCUGCUUUGUCUAAUAUGCCUAAGAAGUCAUCAAUCGUUAUGGAAGAUGGACUCAUUCAGGAUGAGUUUUUUGAGAGUGUGAAGAUGAGCACUUACCUGGUUGCUUUCAUUGUGGGAGAGAUGAAGAACCUGAGUCAAGACCUUAAUGGAACCCUGGUUUCUAUAUAUGCUGUUCCAGAAAAGAUUAAUCAAGUACAUCAUGCCUUGGAUACAACUGUGAAACUUCUGGAAUUUUAUCAAAACUACUUUGAAAUUCAAUACCCACUUAAGAAAUUGGAUUUGGUGGCUAUUCCAGACUUUGAAGCAGGAGCCAUGGAAAAUUGGGGUUUGAUCACCUUUCGAGAAGAGACACUUUUGUAUGACAAUAAUACUUCUUCAGUGGCAGAUAGAAAACUGGUCACUAAAAUCAUUGCUCAUGAGCUGGCCCAUCAGUGGUUUGGUAAUUUGGUAACAAUGCAGUGGUGGAAUGAUCUCUGGCUGAAUGAAGGUUUUGCCACCUUCAUGGAGUAUUUCUCUUUGGAAAAAAUAUUUGAAGAGCUCUCAAGUUAUGAAGAUUUUUUAGAUGCUCGAUUUAAAACCAUGAAGAAAGAUUCUUUGAAUUCAUCUCAUCCAAUAUCAUCAUCAUCUAUUCAGUCUACAGAGCAGAUUGAAGAAAUGUUUGAUUCUCUUUCAUAUUUUAAGGGAGCUUCCCUCUUGUUGAUGCUGAAAACUUUUCUUAGUGAAGAUGUAUUUCAACAUGUUAUUGUUCUUUAUCUACAUAAUCAUAGUUACGCAUCCAUUCAAAGUGAUGAUCUGUGGGAUAGUUUUAAUGAGGUCACAAACAAAACAUUAGAUGUGAAGAAAAUGAUGAAAACCUGGACCCUACAGAAAGGGUUUCCCUUAGUGACUGUUCAGAGAAAAGGAAAGGAACUUGUUAUACAACAAGAGAGAUUAUUUGUAAACAUGAAGCCUGAAAUUCAGCCUUCCGAUGCAAGCUGCCUGUGGCAUAUUCCAGUAUCUUAUAUCACUGAUAGAAAACAGUAUUCACAAUAUCAAUCAGUAUCAUUCCUGGAUAAAAAAUCAGGUGUCAUCAAUCUCACAGAGGAAGUGCAAUGGGUCAAAGUCAAUGUAAACAUGAGUGGCUAUUAUAUGGUACACUAUGCCAAUGAGGACUGGGAAGCACUGAUCAAACAGUUGAAAACAAAUCCUUAUGUUCUGAGUGACAAAGACCGAGCCAACCUCAUUAACAACAUCUUUGAACUUGCAGGCAUUGGCAAGAUGCCACUUCAGAGGGCCUUUGAUUUGAUUGAUUAUCUUGGAAAUGAGACCCACACUGCACCCAUCACUGAAGCCCUAUUCCAGACAGGCCGCAUCUAUAACCUCCUUGAAAAACUAGGACACAUGGAUCUGGCCGCAAGACUUGUGACCAGAGUAUUUAAAUUGCUUCAAAAUCAAAUCCAACAACAAACCUGGAGUGAUGAGGGCACCCCAUCUAUGCGAGAGCUUCGGUCAGUCUUGCUAGAAUUUGCUUGUACUUACAGUCAGGAGAACUGCCGUACUACUGCCAUGAAGCUCUUUGAGGACUGGAUGGUGUCCAAUGGAACUCACAGCCUACCUACUGAUGUCAUGACUACUGUGUUCAAAGUUGGAUCAAAAACUGAGAAAGGCUGGUCAUUCCUUUUAAGCAUAUACUACACUGUAAGCUCUGAAGCAGAGAAGAAUAAAAUACUUGAAGCCCUUGCCAGCUCAGACGAUGUACGGAAACUCUACUGGUUAAUGAAAAGUAGCCUUGACGGAGACAUCAUCCAAACACAAAAGCUGUCUUUCAUCAUUAGAACAGUGGGCCGACGUUUUCCUGGACACCUCUUGGCAUGGGACUUUGUCAAAGAGAACUGGAAUAAGCUUGUACAGAAGUUCCAUCUGGGGUCCUAUACCAUACAGAGUAUUGUUGCUGCAUCAACUCACCUGUUUUCAACAAAGGCUCAUUUGUCUGAGGUCCGGGCCUUCUUUGAAAAUGAGUCAGAGACAACAUUUCGGCUGCGUUGUGUUCAGGAGGCUUUGGAAGUCAUUCAACUGAAUAUCCAGUGGAUGGAGAAGAACUUAAACACUCUGACAUUGUGGCUGUAACAUGCACAACCGCACCUCAUUUUGUUGCCCAUUCAGAGCUUGUAAAGUUGGGGCUCUGCUGCUUUUGCAAAAACCAAGGUGAAGCCAGGAUCGCUACUGAGUUGUUUGCACUCUUAGGAGUUCUAGUUAGCUCAGGGCACAUUUAUAUUUUUCAUCUGUCUUUUCUGAGUGUUAAGGGGCAGUAUGUAGUUCUUGACUACAAAAUUGUAUGCACCUAUAUGCCAAUCAAAAACAACGAAUAACUUUUCUACUUUGAAGAUACAGAAAUGGGGAGGGGGCUAGAAAUCUAUUUUGGAAAUCUGUUCUAUCUCUCAGUACCUGAAAGUACUGACAGUGGAACAAGGAAAAGCCCACCAUACAAGUUACCAUCUUUGCAGACUGCUGGUUUGUCAGCCAUUCAUUGCUUCAUGUGUUCAAAGUUAGCUUCAAAUAGUAAUGAAGACAGUGAAGCAUGUAAUGAAGAAAACUGAUCUCAGGUGUGCAGAUCUACUCUGACUUGGGGUUUUGAUUAGUCCUUUAUCUCCUAGAAAAAGUUUAAGUAAGAUCUAUAUCUCCUUUUUUUUCUUUUCCAAAUAGCCAGGCGCUACAGAUUUUUGAAGUUUUUGUUGUAUUGAGAAGCUAAAUCACAAGACCAAAAGAGUAAAUUUCCUAAAUACUUAACACUUUCAUUGUUUUAUAGCAUUAACCUAGGAAACGGCUUCAAAAUGAGUUGACUUUAAUUAUAAUUAUUUUUUCGUGGUCAUUGAUAUAUUUCAAUUCUGUACACUUUUAUCACUCUAUGCCAUAGAUAUGCCUUAUGUUAUAGAUAGAUGUCUCUUACUUUUCUGCCAAGCAUUUUUGUUAACAC